AUGUCAAAUAAUAUAAACCCACUUGCAGGAACAGCUCAUUUACUGGACGAACUGGAUAAGAAACUUAUGGUGCUGUUGCGUGACGGACGGACUUUGAUUGGCUAUUUACGUUGUGUGGAUCAAUUUGCCAACUUAGUUUUACACAAGACCAUUGAAAGGAUCCAUGUAGGUCGAGAAUAUGGUGACAUACCACGAGGAAUUUUUAUAGUAAGAGGAGAAAACGUUGUACUAUUAGGUGAAAUUGAUAAAGACAAAGAAGACAAUCUUCCAUUGACAGAAGUAUCAGUAGAUGAUAUACUUGAUGCUCAAAGACGAGAACAAGAUUCAAAAACAGAACAACAAAAAUUACUUUCUAAAGCACUAAAAGAGAGGGGGCUUAAUUUAUUAGCAGAUAUGGGUCAUGACGAUAUGUUU